GAUAUGUCCUCAGCACCAACUACUCCUCCAUCAGUGGAUAAAGUAGACGGAUUUUCUAGGAAGUCCGUCAGAAAAGCCAGACAGAAGAGGUCACAAAGCUCCUCCCAGUUUAGGUCUCAGGGCAAGCCUAUUGAAUUAACUCCCCUGCCUCUGCUAAAAGACGUUCCAUCUUCAGAGCAGCCUGAACUGUUCCUAAAGAAACUUCAACAGUGCUGUGUCAUUUUUGACUUCAUGGACACGCUUUCAGACCUUAAAAUGAAAGAAUACAAGCGCUCCACUCUUAAUGAACUGGUGGACUACAUUACAAUAAGCAGAGGCUGUUUGACAGAGCAGACUUACCCUGAAGUAGUUAGAAUGGUAUCUUGCAAUAUAUUCAGAACUCUCCCACCUAGUGACAGCAAUGAAUUUGAUCCAGAAGAAGAUGAGCCCACCUUGGAGGCAUCGUGGCCACAUUUACAGCUUGUAUAUGAGUUUUUCAUACGAUUUUUGGAAAGCCAAGAAUUCCAGCCCAGCAUUGCCAAAAAGUACAUAGAUCAGAAAUUUGUAUUGCAGCUGUUGGAGCUGUUUGACAGUGAAGACCCUCGAGAAAGGGACUACCUAAAAACAGUCUUGCACAGAAUUUAUGGCAAGUUUCUCGGUCUUAGAGCAUUUAUCCGAAAACAGAUUAAUAAUAUUUUUCUACGAUUUGUUUAUGAAACUGAACACUUCAAUGGCGUAGCUGAACUGUUGGAAAUUUUAGGAAGUAUUAUCAAUGGUUUUGCUUUACCUCUUAAGGCAGAGCAUAAACAGUUUCUGGUGAAGGUCCUGAUUCCUUUACAUACUGUCAGGAGUUUAUCACUCUUCCAUGCACAGUUGGCAUAUUGCAUAGUACAGUUUCUGGAGAAAGACCCCUCGCUCACAGAACCAGUCAUUAGAGGUUUAAUGAAAUUCUGGCCAAAAACCUGCAGUCAGAAAGAGGUCAUGUUCCUAGGGGAGCUGGAGGAAAUCUUGGAUGUGAUUGAACCUUCACAAUUUGUCAAAAUCCAGGAACCCUUGUUUAAACAAAUUGCCAAGUGUGUUUCUAGCCCUCAUUUUCAGGUGGCUGAGAGAGCGCUGUAUUAUUGGAAUAAUGAAUACAUCAUGAGUUUGAUAGAGGAGAAUUCAAAUGUUAUACUUCCCAUCAUGUUUUCCAGUCUUUAUAGGAUUUCUAAAGAACACUGGAAUCCGGCUAUUGUGGCUUUAGUCUACAAUGUGUUGAAGGCAUUCAUGGAAAUGAACAGCACCAUGUUUGACGAGCUGACAGCCACUUACAAGUCAGAUCGUCAGCGUGAGAAGAAGAAAGAAAAAGAGCGUGAAGAACUGUGGAAAAAACUGGAGGAUUUGGAAUUAAAGAGAGGUCUUAGACGUGAUGGAAUAAUUCCAACUUAACGAAAAAACGAAACAGCAUUAUUAACCUGUGGAGUCACACAUUUAUGUAGUAGAAGAUGGAGCAACAGUUUUCUGUAUUGUGCAACUUUACAGUAGAUUUCACAUUUGUUUCAUUAUUACAACAGCACUGUAUAUACCUGUCUCUAAGUAAAGGAAAAAAAUAAGGACUUUAAUCCAAAGUUUGGACAGCAGAUGGACUUCUCAGAACUUUGCAAACAUAAUCAUUGUUUUAACCCUUCUUUAAAACCCGUCUUCAAAGAUCUGUUGAUGAAAAUUGCGAUGUCAAAUUCCAUUGUCAGGACCUGUUCCUUAUUUAUCGUUAGCAGAGAGUAUAAUACAACUUUCAAAUGUGAACAAUCUUAAAAUUUAGCUUGUCUUUCUGCUAAACUGUUAAGUGUAUUUAUAGUAAAAGAGAAAAAAGACUGUCAUUUCCUUAUGAGUUUGUGUAACAUCCUCCUUCUCUGGAUAACUUUACUGUAAUUUGACUUUUUUUUUUUUUUUUUUUCCUUUUGCACAUCGUCAUAAGUUGAAUGUCCAUUCAAAUCAGGGCCUUGAAAAAUAUAGGUCCUGAAUAAAGUUUUGUUUACUGGUGUGAGCAUUCUUAGUACCAGGCUAUCUCUGGUGCUUCUUUAAUUUGAACAUUAGGAGUUGAGAAACCAAUAGGUCAUAAACAUAGUAGGAAAGGGAGCCUUGGAUUCAUGCACCUAUUUAUUGCAAAUCCAAAUUAGCGUCCGCAAUCCUUUAAAAACGGGCAGUGGUAACACCCAGGAUUUCAGUACCUAACCAGUAUUAGUGAAAUGGCAUUGGACAUGCAUACCAGAGCUGUUUUAGAAAUACUAAUUGCUAAAUUAUUAGUAUGUUUUAUUGGACCAUUCUGAAAGAAUAAAGACAAACGCUAAACAGUGCAAGCGUGAAAUUGAUCUCCAGUGGUCAUGGAUCUAAUUGGAAAUUGAAGUGAGCGAGCAGUUUGGACUGUUUGGAGUUGUUGCCUUACUUUUUAAUAUGUAUUUAUAAAGUGUUCCAGCAAAAGAGGAUGUAGCCUCUAAGAAACAUACUAUAGUGUUUUUGUGGUUCUAGUACUAUUACUCAUCACAGCACCAGCCCUAUGGUCUUAGCUGGAAAGGAUUCUGGAUAAUAUACUUCUGCAUUCUCAUCUGGAUGCUCAUUCCUAACUACUGUAUUUGUUACCAAAAGUGGUUCUACAAAUGCUACUGAAAAAAAUUCUGGAAAUCCUAAUGUUCUGAGUAUUAAUAAUAAAGUUUAAAAUGCUUUUAUAUCAAA